GCGGGCCUGUCCCUCGCGCGCCCGGCGGGACAGCGUUCGGUGCGCGUGCGGUGCACGCCCUCCGCCGCUUCCGCCCCGCGCCCGGGGGGCCAUGGCCGGGGCCGGCGGGACGGGCCAGUACAGCCACUGCCACAGCGCCGCGGGACGGGUGGCGGGCGAGCGCUGAGCGGGGGGCGCUGAGCGGCAGGCGGGAGGGCGGUCAUGGCCUCCCCGCCGGCCGGCGAGUGCCAGGCGGACUCGGACGAGCAGGCGGCGGCGCUGCAGGCGGAUCUGGGCGAGUGCCGGGCACAGCUGGAGCGGGCGCGGCGGCGGCUGCGCCGCACCCAGCGCCUGUACCGCCGGGCGCGGGAGGACAGCGAGGCCUUGCAGAGACGGGUAGAAGAACUCACUGAGGAAAUCCAUAAUAGGAAGGAGAAAGAUACAUCUAGCGUAGAAGUACAGACAGAGGACUAUGCUGUGUGGUCACAAGCAGAUUAUUACUACUAUGAAAAUUAUUACAAUCACACCGAUACUCAAGAUUUUGCAUCUGAACUACCAGUGCAGCACAAUCCUGGGACUGAAGGCAAUGAGGAUAAUGCCACAGAGGAAUCGAGGACAGGUCUUAAUAUUCCUCUAAGAGUGGAUAGCACCAAAGUUGCUGAAGAUGGAGAAGAGGCAAAUUUCAUCCAGAAUUUACAGGAGGCAGAAGAUACUUCAGUACCAGAGGGUUCUUUGGCAGAGAGCUUGAGAGCUGCUGCAGAGGCAGCUGUUUCACAAACUGGAUUUACUUAUGAUGAAAAUACAGGAUUGUAUUAUGACCACAGCACUGGAUUCUAUUAUAAUUCGGAAAAUCAACUGUAUUAUGACCCAACAACUGGAAUUUAUUACUACUGUGAUGUGGAAAGCGGACGAUACCAGUUUCAUUCACGAGUGGAUCUGCAGUCUUACCAGGCCUCUGGUACUAAGCACACCAAGGAUAAAAAAGGGAAAAAGAAGAGAAAAGAACCAGAGAGGAUUACUGCAGAUGAAUAUAAGGAUUUGGACACAGAAGAGCAGAAAUCAUCUAACAGUCUGAAUUGCUUUUCCACUACUGAGCAAGUAAGUUCUACUGAAGAAGAUGAAUCUUCAAAUAUAAGAAAGAAGACUAAAAUGGACACAAAACCACGAAACAGUCUAACAGCCAAAGAAUCGGUUUCUACAGACAGUAUAAAUUCACAUUCGUGCAAAAGUACACCAGACACUGCAGCAUGUACAGAUGACAGUAGAACAGCAGACACAGAGAGUGAGCCAGAAGAAGGUGAAAUUACAGAUUCUGAGUGUGAAACCUACAGUGAGGAAGAAUUAACGAGUGAAGAAACUCAUGAUUCAGAAGACUCAGAAAAUGAAGAUGAAGAAAAGAUAUGGCCUCCUUGUAUCAGAGUAAUUGUAAUAAGAUCACCAGUUCUACAGACUGGAUCACUUUAUAUUAUCACAGCUGUGAAACCUGCUACAAUUGGAAGAGAAAAAGAUGUUGGACAUACACUUCAGAUUCCUGAAGUUGGAGUCAGUAAGUUUCAUGCAGAAGUAUAUUUUGACCAUGAUUUGCAAAAUUAUGUUCUGGUGGAUCAAGGCAGUCAGAAUGGAACAGUUGUUAAUGGAAAUCAGAUUCUCCAGCCUAAAACUAUAUGUGAUCCCUACAUCUUGGAACAUGGAGAUGAAGUGAAGAUUGGUGAAACUGUGCUUUCUUUUCAUAUACAUCCCGGCAGUGAUACUUGUGAUGGAUGUGAACCAGGACAAGUCAGAGCACAUCUUCGCCUGGACAGGAAAAAGGAAUCCUCUGUUUGCCCAGCACUUAGCAAAGAAGAGAGAGAGUUAGUCAGAAGAAAAGCAUUAAAACAAAUACGGGUAAAAUAUGGUUUACAGAACACAGAGUAUGAAGACAACAAAGCAGUGAAGAAUCCAAAGUACAAAGACAGAGCAGGAAAACGCAGAGAGACUGUUGGAAGUGAAGGAACCUUCCAGAGAGAUGACAGUUCAGCUUCCGUUCAUAUUGAAAUCAGCAACAGCAACAAAGGACAUAAAAUGUUGGAGAAGAUGGGAUGGAGGAAGGGGGAAGGCCUGGGAAAGGAUGGUGGUGGUAUGAAGAAUCCGAUCCAACUUGAGUUACAUCAGAAGCAUGCAGGUUUCGGUACGAGGAGACCAGUCUCAAUUGAAGAUGUUCAACUCAUCCAGAGCAAGAAUAAAAAGAACUGGGACAAAGCAAGAGAGAGGUUUGCUGAAAACUUCCAAGACCCGAAAUCACAAGGGGAUACACCUAAGAAUACAUCUUGGGUUAGAGGGACUGUAGAGUAAAGUAUCUAGUCCCUCAGAAAGGUAAUUCCUGAGUGUAAAUAGUUGGGAGAGAAUUUAUUUUUAUUCUUUUUGCUUUUGCUAAAGCAGGAGUUUGGUUAUAUGUAAAAUACAGUUGUGGAAAAAUUUAUUCAAGAUUAACUCUGUUAUGUUAAUUGGUUUUCUGUAGUCUUCAUGCUUUUAUAAAAACACAUUUUUAAUAAGCAAUGGAGUUUUGUGGGAUAUUCAAAUUUAAGUACUUGAAAGUGAUUCUCAUCACAAGCAGGAAUCUUCCAUCAUGUUUUUAAACUUCACAAAAAUUUACACAAAACAUCUGUUAAAUAUGAUACUUUUAACAUUUGAACAGUGGUUUAAAAGCAAGCUGAAACAACUGAAAAAAAUUCCCCAGGCCCAUACUAACAAAGUCUUAUAUUGCUGUUUCUUCAUGAUUGUCAUGAAAUGCUCAGGAAGAGGUACACCAGUCUUAAAUUCAUACAGUUCAGUACUAAUUACAUGUCUCAGCUUACCUUAAGCUGAGGAAAAGGGGGAAAAAGCUUGUUUUUAAAUGAUUCAACAGUACUGUUCAAAAAUAUUGUACUCAAUGAAAUAAACUACCAGCAUUAGUGAAGAAAGCAAUGUUCAGAGACAGCUUGUAGUAAAAUUUUCUUCUGUGAAGAACUUGUUUGACAUUUGUUCAGUAAAUCUGUAUCAUGCCUUUAAACGAAGACGUAUGUUUAGAGAACUGCUGUCUGUAUUUAUUAACUUCUUUUUCUGAUACAUCCAUUGCUGGCAAUGGAGUUUAUGCCAGAAAAAACCCCAACACAAUGGAUUUUUGGUGGGAAGGGAUUGCCAAACUGAAGCCAAAAGACUGGUAUUUAUUAAAUGUUCCUAAACACAAUAAACCAGUGUCAAUUUAAGAA